AUGUCAGAAUUGGCACUCUGUUCUGCUAUACUCUCCGUGACAACUGUGCAUAUUUACUGCGACGCGAAAUAUAAGCGACUGUACAGUGAAGUUUUGGGGGCUAAUUUGCAAAAAGAGACGAAGAUUAAAGAUGUGUCAGAUGAGUUGCCGACGAGGGGUAAAAUCGGAAUUAAAUCUCAGAUCUUCAUUUUCUUCGUUGUCUCCCUGCGAGUAGAAGAAGAGGAAUUCAAAGAACCAUGGGAGGAGCGUCAAUCCAAUUUUGCUAACAAAAUAGCGCUUACUUACCGGAAAACUCCUGUUGUGAUCCCUGAAAAUGGGAUGAAUGUUUGUCCGUUGGAGUUCAAUGAGUAUAUACCUUGUCACAAUGUUACUUACGUGCAACAGCUUCUUCCAAGCUUGAAUGUUUCGAGAAGAGAAGAGCUUGAGAGACACUGUCCACCACUUGAGCAGCGUCUAUUUUGUUUGGUGCCUCCGCCUAAAGAUUAUAAGAUACCAAUACGUUGGCCGACUAGCAGAGAUUAUGUGUGGAGAAGCAACGUGAAUCAUACACAUCUUGCUGAAGUUAAAGGCGGGCAAAAUUGGGUGCAUGAACAAGGUCAGUUAUGGUGGUUCCCUGGUGGCGGUACUCAUUUCAAACACGGAGCUCCAGAAUACAUCCAGAGGUUAGGAAACAUGACGACUAACGAAACAGGUGAUCUACGUUCAGCUGGGGUUGAACAAGUUCUUGAUGUUGGAUGUGGAGUUGCUAGCUUUGCUGCUUAUCUUCUUCCCUUAGGUAUACAGACAAUGUCUUUUGCCCCUAAAGAUGGUCAUGAAAACCAAAUCCAGUUUGCGUUGGAGAGAGGAAUCGGCGCUAUGGUUGCAGGCAUAGCCACAAAACAAAUGCCAUAUCCCGCAGCCUCGUUUGAUAUGGUUCAUUGUUCAAGAUGUCGUGUUGAUUGGCAUGAAAAUGAUGGUAUCUUGAUUAAAGAAGUUAAUCGUCUUCUCCGACCCAAUGGAUACUUUGUUUAUUCAGCACCACCUGCUUACAGAAAGGAUAAAGAUUUCCCUGUGAUUUGGGAUAAGUUGGUCAAUCUAACUACCGCAAUGUGCUGGAAGCUCAUUUCCCGAAAGGUACAGACUGCAAUAUGGGUGAAGGAAGAUGACGAGGCUUGCCUUAGGAAGAAUGCAGAGCUUGAGCUUAUAACCAUAUGUGAUGUGGAAGAUGUUUCAAAAGCUUCCUGGAAAGUUCCUCUUAGAGACUGCGUGGACAUUAGUGGGGACAUACAACAGAAAUCCUCUUUUUUGUUAGCUGAACGUCUAUCGGCAUAUCCAACUAGUCUAAGAAAAACAGGCAUCAGCGAAGAUGAAUUUACAUUGGAUACAAACUUCUGGAGAGAACAAGUGAAUCGUUACUGGGAGUUAAUGAAUGUUAACAAGACUGACGUGCGGAAUGUGAUGGACACAAACGCGUUCAUUGGUGGAUUUGGUGCAGCUAUGAACUCAUAUCCCGUUUGGAUCAUGAACGUUGUACCUGCUACGAUGAACGAUACCUUAUCCGGAAUUUACCAGAGGGGCUUAACCGGUGCUUAUCAUGAUUGGUGUGAACCAUUCUCAACAUAUCCCCGCACAUACGAUCUGCUACACGCGGACAAACUUUUCUCUCACUAUCAAACCCACGGUGAAGGUUGUUUAUUAGAGGACAUCAUGCUUGAGAUGGACCGCAUUAUACGCCCUCAGGGAUUCAUCAUUAUUAGGGACGAGGAAGCGAUCAUCUCAAGAGUCCGAGACUUGGCUCCUAAAUUCCUUUGGGAAGUCGAAACACAUGAGCUGCAAAAUAAAUUCAAGAAGACGGAAACUGUUCUAUUUUGCAGAAAGAAGUUCUGGGCAAUCCUCUGA